UUAUUAUCAUAAUAAAUAUUAUUACACUGAUGACUUCCGCUGAUGUGCGCGUGACGAGGUGACUACCCGUGGCUGGAGCGUCUCUCGCGGUCGUGAUGUCGUCUCCGAUUCUUCUAAAGUAAAACAAAAAGAAGAAAAGUGAUUAAAAAGCUAUGCUGCGAGGAGACAUUUUGGACUAGUGUUCAUAAAGAAGUGAAGUGAGCAGCUGACUCGGACUCCGUCUUCAUGAUGGUCCUGUUCCUGGUGGCAACACAUCUCAUAUUGAACAGCUCCUCACAUGCGAACUGGACUGCAGAGCCUCCUGCUCCCCAGGGCUCUCACAUCUUACCCGCUGCUCUCAUCAUCUCUCUCCUCCUCAUCAUCUUUAUCCUCCUCACAGUCUACUUGCUCAGGUUCAGACAACAGCGGAAGGACCUCGUCACUUCAGUUGACAAAAAGCUGCCCAAUGGCUUCCUGGAGGACCAAGAACAAACAGUGGUGCUCCUUCCCAGAUCUCCUUCUCCAUCAAAGCAUUACUUUCCGAUCCCACUGGACUCCCUGGAGGAGGAGUACCGCCUGCGCAUGGCUGAUGAUGGCAAGCUCUUCAGAGAGGAAUUUAAUUCGUUGCCGUGCGGUUUUGGCCGUGGCACGUUCGAGGAGGCGAGCAGAGAGGAGAACAGAGAAAAGAACAGAUAUCCGAACAUACUGCCCUAUGAUCACUCCAGAGUGUUACUUUCACACGUUGACGGCCGUUUGUGCUCAGACUAUGUUAAUGCCUCGUACAUAGACGGUUACAAAGAGAAAAACAAAUUCAUCGCCACUCAAGGUCCGAAACCAGAGACAGUGGCUGAUUUCUGGAGAAUGGUUUGGGAGCACAAAACUGCCACCAUAGUCAUGUUGACUAACGUACGGGAGAGGAAGGAGGAUAAAUGCUGUCAGUACUGGCCUGAGCAGGGCUGCUGGCUGUACGGGUGUGUGAGGGUAUCUGUGGAGGACGUCACAGUGCUGGUGGACUACACUAUCCGGAAGUUCUGCGUGCAAUAUCAAGCUCCAGACGGCUGCAGAUCCCCGAGGUUGGUCACCCAGCUCCACUUCACCAGCUGGCCUGAUUUUGGUGUGCCGCUCUCCCCUAUUGGUAUGCUCAAGUUUCUUAAGAAAGUCAAGAUUGUCAACCCGGUACACGCCGGACCCAUCAUCGUUCACUGCAGUGCUGGUGUCGGACGGACCGGGACGUUCAUCGUGAUCGAUGCCAUGAUGAAUAUGAUGCUCACCGAGGGCAGAGUGGACGUCUUCGGCUUCGUGUCCCGAAUACGUAACCAGCGCUGCCAGCUCAUACAGACAGACAUGCAGUACUCGUUUAUUUAUCAAGCUUUGCUGGAGCAUUACCUGUUCGGCGACACCGAGCUGGACGUUUCGUCGCUGGAGGGCCACCUGCACAGACUCCACAGCACGCACAUACACAUGGACAGAGUGGGGCUUGAAGAGGAGUUCAGAAAACUGACGAAUGUUCGCAUUAUGAAGGAAAACAUGAGAACUGGAAAUCUGUCGGCUAACAUGAGGAAGAACAGAGUACUGCAGAUCAUUCCGUAUGAUUUCAACCGAGUCAUAUUAUCUGUAAAAAGAGGACAGGAAUUCACAGAUUACAUAAACGCAUCUUUUAUAGAUGGUUACAGGCAAAAGGAUUACUUCAUAGCGACCCAGGGCCCGUUAGCGCACACGGUGCAGGACUUCUGGCGCAUGGUGUGGGAGUGGAAGUGUCACUCUAUUGUCAUGCUCACAGAGCUAAAGGAGAGAGAGCAGGAGAAAUGUGUGCGCUACUGGCCUGCAGAGGGCAACAUAUUUUUCGGGGAAUACAACGUAGAAUUGAAGAGAGACACACUUUACGAGACGUUUAGCCUCCGGGAUUUGAUGCUGACGUACACACCUGAGAAGCAGUCUCGUCUGGUCAGACAUUUUCACUUCCAUGGCUGGCCCGAGAUCGGAAUCCCGUCAGACGGAAAAGGAAUGAUUGAUCUGAUUGCUGCAGUGCAGAAGCAACAACAGCAAUCUGGCAACCACCCCAUCGUGGUGCACUGCAGUGCUGGUGCGGGCCGGACCGGAACGUUCAUCGCCCUCAGUAACAUUCUGGAGCGGGUUAAAGCCGAGGGUUUACUCGACGUGUUCCAGACUGUGAAAAGUUUACGCACCCAGAGACCACACAUGGUCCAAACUGUGGAACAGUAUGACUUCUGCUACAAAGUGGUACAAGAUUUUGUAGAUAUCUUCUCAGACUAUGCUAAUUUUAAAUAAUGAAUUUUGCUUUUAUAACUUCUGAUAUGAUUUCAAGUUUGUUUUGAGUUCGAAGAAACUCUUGCUAUGGGUCCAUGACACUCUAUGCACUUCAUCUUUCUGUUGUUAAGUAUUGAAAUAAUUUCACUUUGAACUCAACACGAUUUUGUUUUGUACAUAAGCGAGUCCUCACUUGUGUGAAGGUGAUACACAGCAUUUGCAUUUAGAUUGCUGUAUCUUCGUACUUUGUUAAAUACUAGAAUUCUUUUAUUUAUAUACUUUGAGAACAUUUUUUUUUAGAUUAUGAUUAGUAUUGUUUUUAUUAUUAUGAUUAUGAUUACUAUUGUUAUUAUUAUUUGAAAUGGAGCAAGUGUUAGGAAUGUAUUAUAUAUUUUGUUUUGUAAAAUCUGUUUAUUCUAUAAGAAAGGUCCAUUUAACAAGUACUCACCUGCAGUUAAAUAUACACAGUUAUUAUAUACUACACUGGCAAGCCUAGGACACUAGUUGGAUUCAGGUGUGCUUGUUAAAUGGUCGGACUUUCUGUUGCCAAAAAGUGAGUCAUUGGAAUUAAGCAGACCCUGCUAUAUUUUUAAUCGAUUUGUUUGCCGUGACCAAAUGUCCUUAUAAAAGCCAUCUAACUGUGAUUACAGCAGGUAAAGUGUAGACGAUAUAGUAGAAAAAAAAAUUGUUAGACUUUUUUUCUUUUUCUUUAAUAAUUUCAGCCAAACGGUGGUGCUGGAGGGCGAGAUGGCUCCUACAGACCUGCUGUAAUGUAAAAUUUUAGCUGAAAGUAUUAGAUAUUUUAAGAAAUAUAGCAACAGAAACAGUAAGAGAAGACUUUGAACAAUCUUUUCAGAUAUAUACAGAAUACAGUUCAUUUGUGAAUUAUUUUGCUUUUAGAUGCCCGAGGUGAACUCAAAUGACUCAUUCGGCUACUUGCUAACAGACAGAUGUUAAAUCCUGUUUUGGAUGGAUUUCUUUUUACUAAUGUGAUGAUGGUGUAAUGACCAUGGUGGUGAUUGCAGAAUUACAAAGUCUGGGCAAAAGGGGUUGAUUAUUCCACCCACACUGUAUUUUAAUUUGAGUAAGCAGUAAUUGAACGGUGUAGACUGUCUGGAGAAUAUUAACAACAUCAUACAUAGCU